AUGUUUGUAUGUUCUGGACAAUUGGUUAAUAGGGAGAAGAGCUCGGUUUUCUUCUCUCCAAAUACCCCGGCUCAUGUCAGGCAGACGGUAAAGUUGAUUAUUGGUAUUUCGGUCGAAGCCUUUACUGAGCGUUAUUUGGGUUUGCCUACAGCUGUGGGUCGCAUUACUAGUGGAUCUUUUGACUAUAUAGCAGAGAGAAUUCGAGCCAAGAUACAAGGCUGCGAAAGAAUGCUUGCUUGUGCAGGGCGGGAGGUUUUUUUGAAAACUGUAAUACAAGCAAUCCCACUGUAUAGCAUGAGCUGUUUCAAGCUGACAAAGAAAGUUUGCAAGAGCUUUUCGUCAAUUACAGGAAGAUAUUGGUGGAGUAGCUCCUUAGAUCGCAAGUCUGUCCACUGGGUAUCUUGGAAGGAGUUAGCUAAACCGAAGGUUAAAGGAGGUAUGGGGUUUAGGGAUCUUGAAUUGUAUAAUGUUGCUUUACUUGGCAAGCACGGUUGGAGGCUGAUGACUAACCCAAGCUCCCUAUGCGCCAGAGUUCUGAAGGUUUGGAAACUCAAUGUGGUGCCGAUAGUUCGUGUUUUCUGGUGGAGGGUACUGCGAGGUAUUUUUCCAGUUGAAAGCAUCCUAAAGCACCGACAUAUUGCAGAGAUUGCAAGAUGUAAAAUCUGCCUAGAUGCAGAUGAAGAUUUGAUGCAUGCACUCGUGCAGUGCUCGCAUGCAAAGAAGUUCUGGGAGGAGGAAAAAAUAUGGCUCAAAAUCACACUUCCCAGAUUGCAUCCUCAGACUUGGUCGAAGGAUAUUUUAUGUGACCCUCAGUUCACGGAGUCUGAUCGCGCCAAAAUCAUCACGGGUGGAGCGGGUGGUGUUGCCCGCACGACAACUGCUUUCUUGGUAGCAUGGAGUAAGCCCUAUGAGGGUCUUACUGAUCCUCUUACUGCUGAAGCGCUGGCUAUGCGAGAUGGAGUUAUUUUUGCUCGUCUUCGAGGCUUCACAAGAGUGGUUUUGGAGGUUGAUUGCCUGGAGACUGUAAAUCUCUGGAACACUCGUCAUGGUGCUCGUUCGGCCGUGACACCGAUCCUUUCAGAAAUUGGAGAGCUAUCUAGUGUUUUUAUUUCUUUUGUUGUUAAACAUUUAGAAGAACCUAUUAACAAAUAUGAUAUUUUGUAG